AUGCGGCUGUGGGAUGUCGAGACUCCCGAAAACCCGCAGCCACACCUCAUAUGUUUCUCCCUGCAUCCAGGACAUCCUCUUGUCGAUGCUACCGCUGCACUUCUCGACGAAAUCACUGCUCCAACACAAGGCACAUCGACACUCCCAGUGAGGAUUCGGAAACAUGACAGAUGGGCUGUGAUCGGACCGAAGGACAAGCUUUUGUUUUGGGUCCCUCCAACUUAUAAUCCCCGGUGGUGCCCUUUAGGGAUGCGGUGGGUUAUCCCAGCGCUCAACCAUCCAUUAGAUCUCAGUCAUAUGGCUCACGGAUUAUCAUGGGAGUCUUGUUAUAGAACGCAUCCACAUGUUUGA